AUUGAGAGGAUAUGGGCAACGAAUGAUCUAGGCGAAGCCAGCGGCGUUGAUGAAUUUGUGUUCAGGGAAGGGGAGUUGAAGAACAAGCAAGGCCAGAAGAUCACGUGGGGCGAUAAGUGAGCCCAACAGUACGGGGUAUAGUCGGGAAAAAACCGAAAGAGAAAAAAAAGCCGGCGCAGUUGCCAACCACCCGUCUGCAAUAUCCAAACCGGUGUGCCACUCCGAUCCGCUAUCAGAAGCAUACCAUGGGAUUCACAGCCAAUGAAUAUGAUCAGGGCGCUGAUCCGCUCAUCGUCGAGAAAGCGGAUAAUCCCAGCACUCGGUGGUCUCCGCUCCUUUGGCAUGCUUGCAGCUUCGAUCCAACGAUUUUCCUGGACGUGAUGUUGAAUCUUGUCAGAAACCCUAAUAUCAACACCUCUUGGCUAUCCCGAGCCGACAUACUUCAUGAUGAGCAAGGCGAUCAAUGUUUUGGACCACAACAGCCUCAGGGUGACGACCUACCUCGAAUGCCAGUGUUUGACAGCUUUGAAUGCAAAAGAUACCUGAUUCGAAAACUCGUUCCCAGGAAUGCCUCGAGAGAUGACCCGCUGGAUCAGACUUGCCUGAUAUACCAGAGCUCCUUGGCUGAUGGCGAGGAAAAAACCCUCGUCGUGUAUCUUCCUCAUGUUUCUUCGGAGGAGGACAUACCGUUUUACCACCCAAAAGUCCGAGGCAUAGCCUUUCUUCACGAUUGGAAAGCAGUAAACUCGCAGGGGUCCAUAUCAAUCUCUUACCUCUUCUUUCCCGGCUCAGCCCUAUCCACAAGAUUGAACAGGACCGCUCUCGGCUUGCUCUCUGUCGUUUCAAGGCAUGGCCAUGGUCGCCAACUAGGCUAUGUGAAGAGGGUCCAGCAUGACGUUCUAGUCCCACGGGUCCCCUUCCAGGACAGAUAUGCAGCGCUGAAGCAAAAAUACGCCAGGCCUCUCAUCGCCGGCUGGGCGGAGAGUACAGACCCUCGGAAACACGUGUUCGAGGAUCUCGGCAUUGCUGCGUUCCUGAUUGAGCUCUGGGCCGAGAUGUACGCCGACUCCCCGUUCCCAGGUUUCGUCGACAUUGGGUGCGGGAACGGGCUUCUCGUCUAUAUCCUCAACCAGGAGGGUUAUCUCGGCUGGGGCUUCGAUGCCAGGGCCCGAAAGUCGUGGCAGUCAUACAACACUCAGGUACACAUCUCUGCCGACCCCCAAGACUCGUUAAAGCAGCUUGUCCUUGUUCCUUCCGUUGUCCAACCCGAGGCGUCCUCGAGCCCAAGUGCUUCGCCCGAUGCCAGGGAGGCUAUUAUUCAUGACGGCCUUUUUGCGGAAGGAACUUUCAUAAUCUCGAACCACGCCGACGAACUGACACCCUGGACUCCUGUUCUGGCGGCGAUUUCCCAAUGCCCCUUUGUCAUGAUACCGUGCUGCAGCCACAACCUUACCGGCUCGAAAUUUCGAGCCCCUCCGCCAAAAGACGCGACCAAGUCCAUAUCGACAUAUUCAUCUCUCGUGUCGUGGGUAACCGGUCUAGCGAACGAUUGCGGCUGGGAGAUCGAGACGGAGAUGUUGCGAAUACCUAGUACCCGAAACACAGCAUUGGUCGGUCGGAAGAGGAGCGCAGCUUCCUCGUCACUUGACUCAACACAAAUCGUUCAGAAGUAUGGAGGAACUGGAGGCUAUCUCGCCAACGCCAUGAAACUCGCCAAGACUGCUCCGAGAGGGCAUUGAUAGAGAAUCCUGACUGUUCUUUAUGAAUACAU